AUGGCGCAGGAGAACGCGGCCUUCUCGCCGGGGUCGGAGGAGCCGCCGCGCCGCCGCGGCCGGCAGCGCUACGUGGAGAAGGACGGCCGGUGCAACGUGCAGCAGGGCAACGUGCGCGAGACCUACCGCUACCUGACCGACCUCUUCACCACGCUGGUGGACCUGCAGUGGCGCCUCAGCCUGCUCUUCUUCGUGCUGGCCUACGCGCUCACCUGGCUCUUCUUCGGCGCCAUCUGGUGGCUGAUCGCCUACGGCCGCGGCGACCUGGAGCACCUGGAGGACACGGCGUGGACGCCGUGCGUCAACAACCUCAACGGCUUCGUGGCCGCCUUCCUCUUCUCCAUCGAGACGGAGACCACCAUCGGCUACGGGCACCGCGUCAUCACCGACCAGUGCCCCGAGGGCAUCGUGCUGCUGCUGCUGCAGGCCAUCCUGGGCUCCAUGGUGAACGCCUUCAUGGUGGGCUGCAUGUUCGUCAAGAUCUCGCAGCCCAACAAGCGCGCCGCCACGCUCGUCUUCUCCUCGCACGCCGUGGUGUCGCUGCGCGACGGGCGCCUCUGCCUCAUGUUCCGCGUGGGCGACCUGCGCUCCUCGCACAUCGUCGAGGCCUCCAUCCGCGCCAAGCUCAUCCGCUCGCGCCAGACGCUGGAGGGCGAGUUCAUCCCGCUGCACCAGACCGACCUCAGCGUGGGCUUCGACACGGGCGACGACCGCCUCUUCCUCGUCUCGCCGCUCGUCAUCAGCCACGAGAUCGACGCCGCCAGCCCCUUCUGGGAAGCGUCGCGCCGCGCCCUCGAGAGGGACGACUUCGAGAUCGUCGUCAUCCUCGAGGGCAUGGUGGAAGCCACGGGAAUGACAUGUCAAGCUCGGAGCUCCUACCUGGUGGAUGAGGUGCUAUGGGGCCAUCGCUUCACAUCGGUGCUGACCCUGGAGGAUGGCUUCUACGAGGUGGACUACGCCAGCUUCCACGAGACCUUUGAGGUGCCCACACCCUCGUGCAGUGCCCGGGAGCUGGCCGAGGCCGCAGCCCGCCUUGAUGCCCAUCUCUACUGGUCCAUCGCCAGCCGGCUGGAUGAGAAGGUGGAGGAGGAGGGCUCAGGAGAGGGGUCGGGUGGGGGUGCCGGGGCUGACAAGGAGCAGAAUGGCUGCUUGCCGCCCCCAGAGAGCGAGUCCAAAGUGUGACCAGCUUCCUCUAGAUCCCCUGCGGCAGGCUGGAGGCCAGACACAGGUACUCGGGGAGCUGGAUAUGGGAGGUAGAGGAGGAGGAGGAGGAAGGCAAAGUCCCUGGGAAAGUACUAAAGCUGGAGAGGCCCCCUCACAAUCUUGAGUGUUGGAUCCAAUGUAGAAGGAAGGGGUCAUGAUUUCAGAACGGAGGGGAAGGGAUGGGUAAACAAAUCAGCCUGUCUGUGCUUUGACCUUCACAUCUGCUUGUGAGUUGAUGGAUGAACAAAAGGGUGGACUUAGAGGGGGUUGGAUGGGAAGGUGGUGGCAGAUAGAGACAGGAGAUAGAUUGGGGGACUGCCAAACAGGUGGUACACUCAGGGCUGCCGCUAACCCCUAUAGCGCCUUUAUGCAAAUCCUAAAAGGCACCCUUUUCCUCCAGACAGAUGCUGUCCCAAACCAGGGUGCAUGGAUCGGGGAGCAGAGCGUGGGCUGGAUUUCAGCCCCACGCACCUCAGCCAGCUCCCCUAUGUAUGCACACCUGAACACAGUAG